UGUCAAAACUCAAAUCACAUUUUGUCAAGUGACAGAAAAUAAAAAAUAGAAUCUAAAUCAUUUUCUUAUUUAAAUCUUAUUUCAUGUAAGAAUGGUUGAAAUUACAGAAGCUUAACCUAGAAAGCCAAAUACUUAUAUUCAUAUAAUACGUUAGUCUCAAUAAAUCACAAUGGAAAAAAUUUUAAAGGCAGCAAAGACAAUUCGAAACAAUUGGAAGAAAUCUGUAUUCGGGGCAAUAGUUCUUUAUUAUGGAGCAGCAACUGCAAAAGAACGAUACGAAAUAAAUAUUUUGAUGCGAGCUGCAUGCAGAGAAGCAGUAAAAUAUGGUAAUGCAAUGAUAGAGUAUGACAGAAACCCAACACUAAUCACAGUCAUACUAAAUCCUGUGGCUAAUAAACGAAAAGCCAAAAAGGAUUUCGAAAAAUACUGCGAACCAAUAUUGCAUUUAGCUGGUCUGCAAGUUGAUGUUAUACAAACAACUUCUGAGGGUAGUGCUAAGGAAAUUGUUGAAAAUUUAAAAGGCACUGAAGCCAUUAUUGUUGCCGGGGGAGAUGGUACACUGUCUGAAACAAUAACAGGUUUAUUAAGAAGAAAUGAUAAUGCCAAUCAGUUUCCACUUGGUGUCCUACCAUUAGGCAAAACUAAUAGCCUUGCAAAUCAUCUAUUCACUGGAGGAGACGGUGUGGAAAGAGUCAAACAGUUAAUCAGUGCCUGUAUGGCAAUUGUCAAAGGAAAUACUAUGUGGCAGGAUGCAAUGAAAAUAGAACCUAUAGUCCAAGAUGAUGAAACACCCAGUCGGCCCAUAUACGCCAUGACAUCCAUUGAUUGGGGUGCAUUUAGAGACACACAAGCAAGAUGUGAUAAAUACUGGGUUUAUGGACCAUUCCGUGAAUAUAUGUCAUAUAUUUUCAAUGGUUACAAAGAUUCUUUAACAUGGACAUGCAAAGGAGUUAUAAAGUACACCCCACCAUGUGCUGGCUGUAGCAAUUGCAUGUUGAAAAAGCAGGAAAUUAAAAGAAAAUGGUCCUUUUUCGUACCUAACACACAAGCUGCACCAGAGACGGAUAAAUCCAAAGUUGUCAAUCCGGAAUGUUCUGUGGUCAAUGAACUGUGUUUCAAAACAACAGAAUUACAAGUGCGUCCGAAAUUGGAGAGUAUCCCACCAGCUUUAAUGGUAGGAUUGGGUAGGAACCAAUAUUCAUAUACUGAAUUUGUCUCGGAAGGUUGGAGAAGGAUAAAAGGUGACUCUAAAAUCACUAAUGCUAUAGAAGCAAGGACAAUUGAGUUGUGGCCUGAAAGCCCUAAAACUGAGGAAGUUUUUGAAAUUGAUAAAGAAGAGUUUGAUGUUAAACCAAUGAAAGUGACUAUAUUGCCAAAAAUUGUUAAACUGUUCUGUGAACCUAAAUUACAAUGUUAAAAAA